AUGCAGCUCAAAGGUUCCGAUAACGAAAAAGAGAUCGGGCAGGAUGGAAAGGACUUUGGUGAUGGGGUGCAAGUCGAAUAUGCUGUCGCACAUGAUGCAGCUGCUCGGGGACAUCUAGCCACCGAUGAGCAUGGCAACCCAAUUGCCAGUUUCGAUGCAUCAGCCGAGAAGAAACUACGCCGCAAGAUUGAUUGGCACGUCAUGCCGACAGUUACCAUCCUGUACCUCAUGUGCUUCGUCGACAGAGCCAAUAUUGGAAACGCGCGACUGGCUGGUCUUGAAGCCGACCUUGGCCUUGCUGGCUACGAUUACAACCUUUUACUAACAGUCUUUUACAUCUCUUACAUCGUAUUUGAACUUCCCGCAAACAUGGCAUGCAAGUGGAUUGGACCCGGUUGGUUCAUCCCAGCUACCUCAGUAUGCUUCGGUCUCGCCUCCCUCGGCACAGCUUUCGUCAAUACCAUGGGCGAAGCAUGCGCUGUACGAUUCAUCCUUGGCAUCUUUGAAGCUGGCAUGUUGCCUGGUAUCGCGUACUACCUCUCGCGAUGGUACCGUCGUAGUGAACUAGCAUUCAGACUCGCCAUCUAUGUCGCCAUGGGUUCCUUCGGAGGGGCCUUCGGUGGCCUGUUGGCUUCUGGAAUCCUCAAGCUUGAUCACUUCGGCUCUUUGACAAGAUGGCGAAUGAUCUUUGCUAUCGAGGGAAUCGGCACGAUUGGAUUGGCACUUAUCGGAUUCAUCACCAUGACUGAUCGUCCCAGCACAGCUCGGUGGCUCAACCAAGAAGAGAAGGACUUGGCUAUUGCGCGCAUCAAGUCUGAGCGCGUAGGUGUCAUAGAGGUUCUUGAGAAGUUCUCAUGGAAGCUAGCUCGUCGAGGUAUCUGCUCGCCGGUUACAUUGGGAACUUCGACUAUUUUCUUGUUCACAAACAUCACGGUGCAGGGCCUUGCCUUCUUUGCACCGACCAUUGUGAGAACUAUCUACCCAGAGGCAUCAGUUGUUCAGCAGCAACUACGGACAGUACCUCCUUAUAUCGUUGGGACUUUCUGUACCCUUGGCCUCAGCUUCCUGUCAACUAUCCUUGAUCGUCGAAAUAUCUUCAUCAAUGUCUCUCAACUUCCCGUCAUAGCAGGUUACAUCAUGUUUCUCAGCACCACAGAUCCAUAUGUACGCUACGCUGGAACAUUCCUGAUAUGCGCAGGCACUUUUGCCAACGGUGCUCUCUCCAAUGCUCAAGUUUCAGCCAAUUUGGUAACUGAUACUGCUCGUGCUUCCGGCAUUGGCUUGAACGUCAUGUUUGGUAAUGUCGGAGGAUUGAUCUCUACGUGGUGCUUUUUACCUUUCGACGGACCCAACUAUCCGAUCGGAAAUGGUCUCAACCUUGCAGCUUGUUCGUCCAUUUUCAUACUUACUAUUGUUUUACAUGUGUACAUGAAUUGGAACAACAAUAGGAGAGCAAGGAUUGAUGUUGGGCAGGCAUUGGCUGGACGAAGUGUCGAGGAGAUUCGCGAUUUGGAUUGGAAGCAUCCUGGUUUUAUGUGGAGGCCAUAG